UUUAUAACUUCAAUACCCUUUGUUCAAUCGACUUAAUACUUCACACAAUUGUUCAGGACCAUUAGCCAAUGAGUUUACAUAACUCCAUAUAAUGGGCCCUGAUUGACUUAGGUUCAAGUUUUAGGAAAGUAAAAGUAACAGGCAAGUUGGGAUUUUAAUAAAAAAAACUUCUAUACCGUUCAUUUAAUGCACUUAAUAAAAUUCAAAAUUAUUAUUUGCGACCAUCUUACAACAAGAAACAUAACUCCAUUUUAACCCUAAAUACAAAUUAUGGCCCUUGAUUUUUUUUCCUUUUUUAAAAUUUCUUUUGAAAGACAUAUUUGUAUAUUCUUAACCACAUUUUCAAAAUGGGAAAUCAAGUUAGUUUAAUGACUUGCAUCAUUGUUCGGGUGGGCUGGUAGGAGGGCAGGAUCAAAGUCACCUUAUGUAUGGAAUAAUUUUAGUUAUGUCUGACAUUUGAUAAAGAGACCAAACUUGGUAAUAUUACAUCGUUAUUGUAUUCACUUCUAAGUUAAAGCAGCGUAGUCAAGCGCGCUGUCUUAUGACAGCUCUUGUUUCAGAUUGGUGCUUGUUCCGGUCAUAUCUUAGAAAUUACUAAAAGGAUUAAAAUAAAAGUUCAAAUAUUAUAUAGAUAGAUGGCAAUAAGAGAAAGUGCAAUGCACAAGAACCAUAAUCCUGCCCUUAAUAUUUUUGUUACCUCCCUAUACCUGAUAUUUUUCAUAGAUGCGUACUUCUCCACUGGCCCUAUCUUUGAAAAUACCUAAUUUAUUGUAAUGAAACGUAUAUAGAUGCCGAAAUAAGAAGUGUAUUUCAAAAGACACAUUAUCCUGCCCAUCAAUGUUUUCUGUUACCUCCCAUUAUCUGAUAGAUUUUUAAAAUCUUAGUUUGUCUGGGUCAUAUCGGAUAUUUGUGAAUUUCAUACUUUUAAUUUAAUUAUAAAACCUGCUCAUAUCUUACUAUGUUUUGAAUUCUUCCAACUGUUUAUAAUAAUGCUACAACAACAACUGACCUUUCACCAGCACAUUGUAUUACAAUUUCUGCCUUUUUAUAGAAAAAGGGCAUAUAUCUUCUAGCGAUAUUCUUGCUUAACUAGGAAAUUUUGGCUGUUGUUAUUGUUUGAUCAAUUCAUAUAUUUUUGUUUUUAGAUUUUGAAAUGCUGACCGAAGAUGAAUGUCUAUACUUCACCAUUACAAGACUUUCCUGUUGCCACUAGAUAGAACUGUCUUGGUCCAUUUAUCUGCUGGUCAGAAUAAGCACAACCAUCUCUAAAAUGUCACCAGGGCGGCAACUCACCUGACGAAAUAUUAUCAUGACCACCUCAUCUACUUGCCUGUCCUAAAGACCUUAUCUACCUUAAAUCCACCCUUCUUGCAAUGGCUUGAUGUUGACAACUCCACCAACGUAUCCCUGCAGCAUCAUGCGUUUCACGGAUCAUUUAAAUAGAUGGAAAGCGUUGAAACUUGAAAUGGAAAGGGAAAUGGACAGCGAGGUAGCAAAACAUCUUCAUGAGAGCAUAUCUAUUGACAUCACACUUCAAGACUCUUAUGAGGAGGCUGGUGGUGAUCCAGAUUUUGAUUCCGACUUCAACAUGUCAAAUGUACUCUGGUGCCAUGAUGUGGAUGUUGAUAAUGUGGAUGCUGAUGGUGUGGAUUUCCUCCAUAAUCAACCAGGGACUAAAAAUGAUCAGUGUAGGAAGUAA